AUGAUCAAUGUGUCCCGUAGUAGUACCCUGCAGAAUGGUUUCCAGAGCUGUGUCAACGACUCUACUUCAUCUGAUGCUUUGAAAUUCGUGCUGGAGCACCUUGGGGAUGCCCAAGGGCUGUUCAAGCUCCUAUUGCCACUACAGUCUGGCUACAUUUUCCAAUCCGACUUUCUUGAGCGGCGUAUGGUUGAUUGCCUGAACGUAGACCGUGUGAAAGGCUUUGUCACACCCGGACAACAACUCGAGGGUCGCACAACAGAGGCGUACCAGGCAAUGAAUCUCUCAGACCUGCUUCCCUACUGCUACGGGGCCUUGAAGGUCGAAAAGGACGGGUCUGCCUAUGUCAAUGAGGAGCUGGUAAACCGUCUCUCCUUCCCGUGGCUCUCACACAGUCCCGUGGCCCGAAAGCUUUUGGCACUUCUCGGCGGGGGAUCUCUGCUCAAAUUUGGGGGCUAUCACAUAGCCGCGGCUUCAUUAAACAUUGGACUUGUCGUUGUCAUGUCCACGGAUGAGCAUCUCCUCAGUAUCAUAGCCUACGUGGCGGAACAGUUGGGAUUCGAGACCGCACCAGCCAAGUCGGUCGCAAUAGCACAGAACAAGUUCCAGACACGACAACUCGAUAUAACAAAUAUCUACUGCCGACUGGUUAAGUGUCCGGCCGAUCUAGAAAGACUGCUAGCCGAGGAUGGGCCGCGCCUCGAGUACCCGCUCAUUGUCAAGCCUUCCAAGGACUGGUCGUCCGAGGGCAUCUGGAAAGUGGACAACGAAGAGGAGCUGCGUCACAGAGUACCCAUGCUGUGGCAGGACAGUUUAAUCGCCUGGCACGGCAGGGAUGUCGUCAUCGAGACGUUCAUCGAGGGCCCCGAGGUCGAUGCUAACAUGGUUCUUGUUAAUGGGCAGGUUGUCUUCUUCGAGGCUAAUGACGACUUUCCUAGCACUAGGGACGUGAUUGACGGACACGAAAAUGACGGCCAGGACGCGGAUCGGACCUCAGCCCCCAUGGCUAACUUUGUUAAGACGUCAAACGUCUUACCCUGUCACUAUGCCGAGACGGCCGAUGUGGUUGGCUCGGGCCGCCUCAUCGACUUGGAGCCCAAGACACCGGCAGCAUCCACAGCGAAGCCAGUGGAUAUACUCCUCGUCGAGAUCCACCCCCGCGCACCAGACUUUCAAGAAUGCGAGGCCACAGGGCACGCGUAUGGCUUCUGCUACUACAUCUUGUCGUAUCACCUACGGAUGGAGCUGAUCGCGGCUGAGAAGGGCGGUAUCUACCGGAUAGGUGACGUUUGCACGGCCAUAUUACAGCAGGCGCCGCAUUUACAUAAACACGUCGUCAAAUUUACUGAUCCCAAAACCGGCAUAGUCUACGGCAACUUUAUCGCCUAUAUUCUGGCGGUUUCGCGCACGGAUCGGCGAGAUGCGAUCAGAGUAGGCCACGAGCUCAGAUGUAUGGUGAGGGAGUACACUAACGGCUUUUGA